GGGGUGGGGAAGUUUGCUACGCUCGGCCCCCUAGGAGUGAGGGUCUGGGAAUCUGAACUUCAGGCCCUAAAGGACGGAGCUAGAGCAUCAAGUCCUAGGUCCUGAGAGUGAAGGUACCCGGUAUUUGGAGGGGCCCGGGGAUCCGGAAUCCUAAGUCCCGGGAGUGAAUGGGCUGGGAGUUCGGAAAGAACGGGCUGGCGGCCCGGAUUCCUAGCUCUAGAAAGAGCGGAUUGAGUCCGUGGGGGCGUGGUUGUUUGAAAUCUGCCCCUGGUCUCUGUGGGGGCGGUCCGGCGCCCGGCCGCAGGGGUCCCUGCUGGCCUUGACCUUGACCCCGCCCCGGGAUUUCCCGAGUCGCCACCCGUCCCGGGUCCCCGGGCUAAGCAGGAAUUCCCCGCGUGCGGGGAUUCCAUGAGCACCACGCUUGGCCGCGCGCCCCGCCUCCGAGCCGGACACCUGAGGCGCACCACCCGGAGAGGAAGGGGUAGAUGGAAGAUUCCCUUGGUGAGCCGGAAUGAACGCAGCCACUGCCCAUCACAGACCGUGAAGAAGCUCCUGGAAGAACAGAGGCGCCGCCAGCAGCAGCCUGACGCUGGUGGGGUACCGGGACAGUUCCCGCUGCCUCUGGCCCAGUCCCUGACCCCAUCUGUGAAUGAGGGUGAAGCCGGCCAUACUCACUUCCCAGCACACCAGGAGACUGUGGGUUCUGGACUUGGCAGCCUGGCCCCCACCACAGCCUUUCCAGACUGGGACCUCAACACGCAUGCUGCCUGCACAGACAGCCCUUAUUCUUACUCUGCUUCUGCUGCUGAAGGUGUCCUGACUUCUGACUUCUACCCACCCUCGGACCCAGGGUGGCCGUGUCCAUUUCCCCUGGGGAUGGAGGAACCCUUGGAGACCCGGCUUUAUACAGAAACUUCCCUGCCACAGGCAGGAUCCUGGAGAGGUUCUGGACUCCCGGCAGGACCCCCACAGUUGGCUCCUGUGGUCCCUGGACCAACCCUGGAAACAGCCCGUGCUCACAUGCUGGCUUUGGGGCUACAACAGCUACUGGCCCAGGAUGAGGAGGGAGACACGCUCCUGCACCUGUUUGCCGCUCGAGGGCUGCGCUGGGCGGCGUAUGCUGCAGCUGAGAUGCUCCAAGUGUACAGACAUCUGGACAUUCGUGAGCAUAAGGGCAAGACCCCUCUCCUGGUGGCUGCCGCUGCCAAUCAGCCCCUGAUUGUAGAGGACCUCCUGAACCUGGGAGCGGAGCCCAAUGCCACUGACCAUCAGGGACGUUCUGUUUUGCAUGUGGCUGCUACCUAUGGGCUUCCAGGAGUCCUCUCGGCUGUGUUUAACUCAGGGGUUCAGGUUGACCUAGAAGCCAGAGACUUUGAGGGCCUCACCCCGCUCCACACAGCCAUCCUGGCCUUCAAUGUUGCUAUGCAUCCACCUGACCUAUGUCCCCGGGUGCUAAGUACCCAGGCCCGAGACAGGCUGGCUUGUGUCCAAAUGCUGCUGCACAUGGGUGCUGAUCACACCAGCCAGGAAAUCAAGAGCAACAAGACAGUUCUGCAUUUGGCCGUGCAGGCUGCCAACCCAACCCUGGUUCAGCUGCUGCUGGAGCUGCCCCGGGGAGAUCUGAGGGCCUUUGUCAAUAUGAAGGCCCAUGGGAACACAGCCCUCCACAUGGCAGCUGCCCUGCCCCCUGGACCGUCCCAGGAGGCCAUUGUGCAGCGCCUGCUGGCAGCUGGGGCAGAUCCAACACUGCGCAAUCUGGAGAAUGAGCAGCCUGUCCACCUGCUGCGGCCCGGGCCGGGCCCUGAGGGGCUCCGGCAGCUGUUGAAGAGGAGCCGUGUGGCACCCCCAGGCCUGUCCUCUUAGGACUCAAAUCCAGAACCUGGACUGAUUUUCCAGUCCCCACCGUCCUGUGGGACAGCCAGCGUAUGCUAAUGUUGCAAAUCCAUGAUAAUAUAUGUGGAAUGUCCUGCCAUUAGGGUCUUACAUUAAAACCCCAAAAUGGCCACUGGGGGGUAAACAGUCCCCAAUAUUUGGGGUGGUGUGAUACCCCUCCCCCACCUACAAGGAGCCCCCUUAAUGAUUUCUGUGAAAUUGAGGCCCCUUGAUUGUUUCUGUGAAACACCCUGGACCCUUUCCCCUCUUGGGAUCUUUUGGGGUCCUCUCCCUUAACUCAGCUCUUCACACCUGGAACUCCAGAUGUGAUUCCUCUACAUGGCACUUGGGGCAACCCAAAACAGCUCCCAAUGUCAUCCCAGUAGAGCUCCUAAGAUGACCCCUGACCCAGGUCGUACUGCUUUCUAAUUCAGAACCCAACUGGGCCCAUGUCCCAGAUCUCAGCAUUUCCAGUGAAUUCCUCCCCUAUCUGAAACUCCCUAUUAAACUCAAUUUGGACUCGAAUGGUCAUUGU